AUGCUCCGAUCUCCAACAAGGACCAAGACCAGUUCUUUUGGCGGCUCCCAAGUGGACUUUCAAUUUCCACCUUCUCCGUCUACAACUCAGGAAAAGUCGUUGAGCAGUUACCAGAUGUCAAACCACCAUUUGCUCAAUUCUGCAGUUUUGGCUAGAGACAACGCGUCCCAUGUCUUCUCCGAUAGCUCUGCAGGACUCUCCAAUGGGAUAGAUAGUAACAACUACUCGUUCGCCAACAUUUCGGACAACACGACAACUGCACGUCAGGGCAUCCACAAAGGCCCCAAAGUUUCCAACGCAUCGUCCUGGAACUCUGGCGCUUCCGUUAUGCGCCAAAAAUACCCAGAGACCCUCGCACCUGGCUACGCGUCCGCUAGGAAAUCUGAUACCACCGCAUUUCUCCAUAGACAACGCUCCCCCGAUAUGCUGGGCCAUCAAUCGAUAUCUACCGAUGCUUGCACCAUACCGACGGCAACAAACAUAUCUUUUCAAAUCACCUUUGAAUCCAGUCCUAGCGAAGAAUCACUCGUCAGCUUGAACAAGUCAGCACCGGUUGAGGAAGUGCCACGGUCAACUCGCAAAGAGAGCAUAAAACUGGCUAAAAAACCAUCACAAAGUAGAGCAGCCUCGUUGAAUCGCCCACGCACUAAGCUCAAGAGAUCCGCCGCGGUGCAUUGUAAAGGAGGUCUUCUCCAUUUCUUCGCACAGCUCAGAUCGCGCACCAGGAGUAGAGUUAAAAGGUGGAGGUUGGCCGUAAGGAAGAAAAUAUUCACCUUCAAGGCCAGAAGACAAGCAAAAAAGAACCAGAAGCAAACUACCUCGCAUCUCAAAAGAGCGAACGGAUACGUCUCCAAUAUUCAAAGAUCCAUAUCAAGCAAUUCCAUCAAAGCCAAGUCCGUCAAGUCAGACACCUCAGCGAAGGUUACUGAAAACCUUGCGAAGAAACGCGGGGACGUACAUACUCCGGUCCAAAACUCACAAAAAAACGGUCACAAUUCUCUGCGGCGCUCUCCUUCGUCUAUUAAACGAGCGGCCUCAACUUUAACGCGCGCUAACACACUUGCAAACGUUUCUUUAGAAAAAUCCAAUACAAUUGGCCCUGAACCUAAAAGCAAAUUGGUAAGGUCUGAUCCCUCAGUGUCUUUGAACUCAAUUGUUCGUCAACCUUCAAUAGUCGUCAGCAAUAAAGUUAUUCCCUUGUCCAGGUUGAAUGGCGAGAUGAAUGAUUUCAGCAUCAAGGAAGAAGAUGAGGAUGAAUAUGUGAUCGAUACCGAGGUCAUGAAAAGGAGCGACGAUAAUAUGACUAUGAGCUCAGACCAAUCGUCGAGCGGUGAUGAACAAGAAUAUCAAGAUACCUCCGAGUAUCCUGAAAUUACUCAAGAGAAAGUGUCAGUGGCAUUAGAUGGUUGGAACCACUAUCUGCGGGCAGUUGUGGCCAAACGCAUCUCCACUAGACUUCAAAUCCGUAAACUUCAGCUGUCAGGAACCGACGCAGCGUGCGAACAACUCGUCAAGUCUCUUCUACCAGAACAUGAAGGAAGCUCAUCGAGUCUUUACAGCGAUGAUGUUAGGACUGAGCUAGGGUCUGUGACUUCUGGUAGUACUUACUUAACAUCAGGCCGUAACGCAUACGACACAGCUUCAAAAAGAAAUGAUAGCACCAUGGCUUUCAGCCCUUUCAGAUCUACUCUUCAAAACAGUGUCAAGAGAUCUUUGACGCUACCGGUGGGGUUGCGGGUUUGA